AUACCAGCCCCUCCCCAGGGUGUUCUAAUGGUACCCCUCAUAUACCUGCCCCUCCACCACCAUGGUGUUCAAUUGGUUCCUCUCAGAUACCUGCCCCUUCACCACCAGGGUGUUCAAAUGGUACCCCUCAGAUACCUGGCUCUCCACCACCAGGGUGUUCAAAUGGUACCCCUCAGAUACCUUCCCCUCUCCCAGGGUGUUCAAAUGGUACCCCUCAGAUACCUGCCCCUCUGCCACCAGGGUGUUCAAAUGGUACCCCUCAGAUACCUGCCCUUUCACCACCAUGGUGUUCAAUUGGUUCCUCUCAGAUACCUGCCCCUCCACCACCAGGGUGUUCAAUUGGUUCCUCUCAGAUACCUGCCCCUUCACCACCAGGGUGUUCAAAUGGUACCCCUCAGAUACCUGGCUCUCCACCACCAGGGUGUUCAAAUGGUACCCCUCAGAUACCUUCCCCUCUCCCAGGGUGUUCAAAUGGUACCCCUCAGAUACCUGCCCCUCUGCCACCAGGGUGUUCAAAUGGUACCCCUCAGAUACCUGCCCUUCCACCACCAUGGUGUUCAAUUGGUUCCUCUCAGAUACCUGCCCCUUCACCACCAGGGUGUUCAAAUGGUACCCCUCAGAUACCUGCCCCUCCCCCAGGGUGUUCAAAUGGUACCCCUCAGAUACCUGCCCCUUCAUCACCAGGAUGUUCAAAUGGUACCCCUCAGAUACCUGCCCCUUCACCACCAGGGUGUUCAAAUGGUACCCCUCAGAUACCUGCCCCUCCCCCAGGGUGUUCAAAUGGUACCUCUCAGAUACCUGCCCCUUCAUCACCAGGAUGUUCAAAUGGUACCCCUCAGAUACCUGCCCCUCCACCAUCAGGGUGUUCAAAUGGUACCCCUCAGAUACCUGCCCCUCCACCAUCAGGGUGUUCAAAUGGUACCCCUCAGAUAGUUGUCCUCUCCAGAAAGUUCAAACGAUGCAACUCAGACACCUGUCUCCACCCCUAUCCCCCACAAGGGUUCUUAUGGUUUAAAAUUGCUCAAAACUUUGUAGUCAGAAAUGGUGCAGGAAAAACAUCUUUGUUGAAUGUUCUUGCGUUUCAUGAUUUUGGUCAGCUUGAGGUCAAAGGUCAAGUUACAAUAAAUGGAGAACCUUUAUCAGAUCACAUGUCCAGUCUGAUGGCAUAUGUACCUCAAAAUGACCUCUUCUUUAGUUUGUUGACUGUCAGAGAACAUUUGCAAUUUCAGGCCCUUGUAAGAAUGGACAAGUUCAUUUCUAAAGAGAAGAGGAUGGAGCGGGUUGAAGAAGUGAUGGAAGAGCUAGGCUUGUACAAAUGUUCCAAUGUUAAGAUUGGAAGCGCUGGAGAAUUUAGGGGAAUUUCUGGUGGAGAAAGAAAACGAUUGGCUGUAGCUUCUGAGCUUCUUACAAAUCCACCACUGUUUAUUCUUGAUGAGCCAACUACAGGACUAGAUAGUAGUAUGGCUGAGAUUGUUGUGACCAAACUACAGGAUUUAGCAUUAAAAGGACACACUGUAAUAUGCACCGUACAUCAACCAUCAUCUGAGACCUUUCUAUUGAUUGACAGACUAUACUUGUUGUGUGAGGGCAGUGUUGUUUAUUUUGGAUCAUCUGCGGAAGCUGUCAAUUACUUUGCCAAUCAGGGAUUCAGAUGUCCAGAAGAUUAUUCCCCAAUGGAUUACUUUCUGAUCUUGUUAUCUUGUCGGAUGGAUUCUUUGGCUGAGGAUACAGAACGAAUUCAGUUGCUAUGCAGCAACUAUGCCAAAUCCAGCUAUGCAGAAACUACUGCCAACGUUCUAUCAACUAUAAAUGUAGUACAUGAGCGAGAUACAGAAGAGGUAAAACUACAAAGUGGAUGCAGGUAUAAGAAUGGCUGGUGGCCUCAAUUCAAUGCCUUGUUAUGGAGAAGCUGGUUGGUGUCUACCAGGGAACCCAAUGUCACCAGAGCCAGAUUUGGUGGUGCAAUGUUUCUGGCACUCGUUAUGGGUCUUUCAUAUUUUCAACUAGAAUAUAAUCAGAGUGGGAUAAUGAAUAUUACAGGUUCCUUGUUUGGUCUGAUGUGGGGUGGUAGUGGUGAAGCUUUCGGACCAGUUCUACGAGCUGUUCAGGGUGAAAUGCCAAUUUUCACGAAAGAAAACAAUAGUGGAAUGUAUCGUAUUGAUGUAUAUUUCUUGACUAAGAUUCUAUCACAGAUUCCAGCUUUCUUCACCAUUUCAGUGUUGUACACAACAUUUUUAUAUUGGAUAAUGGGUCUAACUCCACUUAUUGAAAGAUAUUUGAUUUGUGUGUUGCUGUGUGUUAUGAUUACGGAUGCAUUAACAGCCAUUGGAAUAACUAUAUCGUGCUUCUGUCCUACAAUAUUUGUAGCAUCAGUGGUUGCAGUAAUGGUCAACAUUUCUUUGUAUGUUGUAGGUGGCUUCUACAUUAAUGUAUUUAUAUUAUGUAAUGCUACACCAUAUGGAUUCCCACAUGACCAGGUGAGUAAUCAACACAUAUUUAUAUUAUGUAAUGCUACACCAUAUGGAUUCCCACAUGACCAGGUGAGUAAUCAACAGGUAUUUAUAUUAUGUAAUGCUACACCAUAUGGAUUCCCAGAUGACCAAGUGAGUAAUCAACAGGUAUUUAUAUUAUGUAAUGCUACACCAUAUGGAUUCCCAGAUGACCAAGUGAGUAAUCAACAAGUAUUUAUAUUAUGUAAUGCUAUACCAUAUGAAUUCCCACAUGACCAGGUGAGUAAUCAACAGGUAUUUAUAUUAUGUAAUGCUACACCAUAUGGAUUCCCACAUGACCAGGUGAGUAAUCAACAAGUAUUUAUAUCAUGUAAUGCUACAUCAUGUGGAUUCCCACAUGACUCAGUGAGUGAUCAACAAGUAUGUAUAUCAUGUAAUGCUACACCAUAUGGAUUCCCACAUGACCUGGUGAGUAAUCACCAGGUGAGUGAUCAACAAGUAUUUAUAUUAUGUAAUGCUAUAUCAUAUGGAUUCCCACAUGACCAGAAUCAAAUAAUAGUUGAUGUUGUGGGAUUGAUCAGCUUAAUGGUGGGUUAUCGAAUCAUUGGUCUUGCUGUACUGUUAUUUAGAUGUAGAAGAAGAAGUGCAACUACCAGCUUUUCUGUCAAUGCAAACAAAACUCAA